CUCGAGGCAUUUCACGUUCUCUUCGCCAAGCUGCCACGUCGACCCCUUUGCCCUUUCCUCACCGGACACCGUUUCCGCUUCCCCCCUUCUCAUACGUUAGUUGACCCUAACAGCAAAAAGGGCCGACCACUUUCUUCUCCAUUUACCCUUAACCCUACCGAUCCACCUGCCGAAGCGAACGAUCUCGCGGUCACCCUCACCCCUUCUCUGCCACCGCCGUCAUGAACGCCUUCCGGUUCGCCGGCGACAUGUCCCACCUCUUCAGCGUCCUCCUCCUCCUCCUCAAGAUCUAUGCCACCAAGUCUUGCUCAGGGAUCUCGCUGAGGACGCAGGAGCUUUACGCGCUGGUGUUCUUGACCCGCUACCUGGAUCUCUUCACCUACGUCGUGUCCGUGUACAACACUUUGAUGAAGAUCGUCUUCAUUUCUAGCUCCAUCGCCAUCGUCUGGUGCAUGAGGUUUCACCCCGUGGUGCGGCGGACAUACGACAAGGAGCAGGACACAUUUCGGCAUUACCUCCUCGUUGGUGUCAGUUUGGUCCUCGCGCUGCUUUUCCACGAACGAUUCACGAUCCGCGAGGUAUUUUGGGUGUUUUCCAUAUUUUUAGAAGCGGUUGCAAUUCUUCCUCAAUUGAUUUUGCUUCAAAGAAGCAGAAAUGUGGAUAAUUUGACUAGCCAAUAUGUCUUAUUCCUCGGGGCUUAUCGUGCAUUUUAUAUUCUCAACUGGAUUUAUCGCUAUGUCACAGAAGACGAUUACAGUGCCUGGAUUGCUUGGAUUGCUGGUGUUGUCCAGACAGGUCUCUAUGCUGAUUUCUUCUACUAUUAUUUCAUAAGCUGGAAAAACAAUGCGAAGCUUCAACUCCCUGCUUGAACCAGGUGCGGAAGCAGAUUAUACAAUCUUCAACAUAGUAAAUAUUUUAGAUCUGAGUUUACUUACAAAAUACUUGAAGCUUGAAGAUCUGCUAUCAGACGUCGAAAAUUUUGGACCAUGGUCCAUUAUCAAACUGUCAUACUGAUGCGACUAGAGAUUGUAAAGCUCUUGUUAUUUUACUGUUUUUGUCAUUUGUCGAAGCAUAGUGCUCAAAAGCUAACAGAUCACUGAUUGAUAUGCCUAGUUCAGUGAUUUCUGUACCUAUGGCUGUUGUCAUCAGAAAGAGUUACGACAGCAGAUUCUAAUACAAAUUAGCAUGGUAUGAUCA